AUGACCCCAGACAAGCUAAGCUUUACAAUCCAGCCCCUCACUUUGAGCAUUGUUCAUUUUUGCGCCCCCAUGAACAUUUGUCUGAGCUUCCAGAUUAAAAGCUCUGUUAUUGUUAAUUCUUCAAUGGCGACCACUUUUCCAGCGCCACCAGUGAAGAAACCAACCGCCGCCUUUCCUCCAAGAAGGGGAAGAGUGAAAGCUCAGAUUUUUGAAGGGGUUACAGAAACAGUAGCUUCUGCAGCCUCGAGAGCUGGAGAUUUCUUGGGUUUCAUCAAGAAAGAGAACGAGGGCUCUGCCUCUGCACCACCACCCAAAACCACCAAGACUUGUGGUGAAGAUGGAAGGACCGUUUAG